CACGCUCACACACACACACACCGCCUUCCACGCCCCCUCUGCUCAGGGCCCCGGAUGAUGGCACAACAGGGCCUGGGUGGGGGGUGGGGGGUGGGAACAGAGGCCACCGGGCGGUUGAUGAAGAGGAAGUUAGGGUGCUCUGUGGUUACACCACGUUCCAGGACUGGCCAGCGCAACCCCUGAAGCCACGGCCCCGCGCAGUCCUGGGGGGGCUACAGGCUCAGGGGUAACCCAGCCAAGAAGCACUCCCAACCAUCACCUCCCAGCCCUGGGAUCUGGAUUCCAAGCGCAGGCUCCGAGCCCAAGCCGUGUACCUGCGACCCUGUAGCAUCCACCUCGGCCGCCAAGAGCAGCGGUGCCCGCCGUGGGUCUGGCCCAGAGUUCUUCUUUGCCAUGGAAGACCAACAGAAGGGUGGUUUUCCGGAUGGGCUGGACGAGAGCACGGAGGACCUCAGCCUGGACUGGGAGGCCCUGCAGGGCAGUGUGUAUCUGCAAGAUCUGGGCGUGGAGCCCUCCUUCCGUGGCCAGCCUGGGGGCACCCGGGGCAGCAGCCUGCCAUGCCAAGAAGCCGCACACAGAGACUCGUUCUUGUCCAGUUCGGCGGGAGCCCAGAACCUGUCCAAGAGGCGCAGCUGGGAGAGGUCACGCAGCUGCUCUGAGAGCUGGCAGAGGCACAACUUUGAAGCCUCGGCUACGGGUACAGGGCCCUGCCUGCCCCGGACGCUGGCCAGCUGCACCCUGAACCUGUCCCAGGAGGAGCUGAAGACAUGGACCCAGGGCUGCCUGGCAGGUGGCAGGACCCCCACCGAGCAGUCACACAAAGAACGCGCCAGCCCCGAAAAAAGAGAGAGGUCCAGAUCCGUGCCGGAAUCCAGCGACAAAGAUAUCCGCUCCCUGGAUGUGGCUCCAGGCCUGGGAGAAGAUGCUAGACCUGUGCAAGGUCUGGAAGCGCCAAUGCUGGACUGUGUGGAGAAGGACCACGUAGAGCCGCAUCACGUGUUGAUGGUCCAGGAGGUCCUUCAUGAGCUUCGCCAGUACCAUGGGGCCCGGCAGGGGGUGCGCCUGUCUGCCAGUCCGGAAGGAGCCCACUCGAGCCUCACAUGGUUUGAGUUCCUGUCGGAGAGCGAGGAUAGCCCCAACAAGAACGAGAAGAAUGACAGGGGUACCAAAGUGAAACGCAGCCUGAGCUCACUGCGCAGCCGAGUCACCAGACAGAAGGAGAAGGGUAAGAGCAUGGUGCCACCAAAGGACAAAAGCCAGGACGGCAGCCGGGAGAGGCGCGAGUGUGUCAGCGGGCACCAAUUGGUGCCAGGGACCUUCCUGAGCCACUCGAGCUGCCCACUGUGCGGCAAGCCCUUCCUGGGCUCUGCCGCCUCGCUCAAAGACCGCCCUCGGGCCGGCCUCCUGUCCCAGGGCAGCCCGGGCCUGUCCAGGAAUGUCGGCAUGACGGUCGCGCAGAGAGGGGCUCCCCAGCCAACACCGGGCCCGGCCGGAGCAGCAGCAGCAGCAGCAGCAGCGGUGCGCCUCGGACCAGUCUCAGGAGAGAUGGACGAGGCUGACUCCGCCUUUGUCCGAUUCAAACAGGCAGCCGACGACUCUCUCUCGCUCACGUCCACCAAUGCCGAGUCCGUUUUCGUCGAAGACCCCUACACGGCCUCACUAAGGGGCGAAAUCGAGUUGGACACUCACGAGUUCGAGGCCGAGUCCUGGAGCCUCGCCGUGGAGCCAGCCUACGCCAAGAAGCAGAAGAGAGAGGUGGUGAAACGGCAGGACGUGGUAUACGAGCUAAUGCAGACAGAGGCACAUCACGUCCGCACGCUCAAGAUCAUGCUGAAAGUGUACUCCAGGGCCCUGCAGGAGGAGCUGCAGUUCAGCGCCAAGGCCACCGGCCGCCUCUUCCCGGUCGCCGAUGACCUGCUGCAUCUGCACGCCCACUUCCUGGCCCGCCUCAAGGAGCGCCGCCAUGAGGCGCUGGAGGAGGGCAGCGAGCGGAAUUACAUCGUCCAGAAGAUCGGGGACCUCCUCAUGCAGCAGUUUUCAGGUGAAAACGGGGAGAAGAUGAAAGAGAAAUACGGUGUGUUCUGCAGCGGCCACAACGACGCAGUCAGCCACUACAAGCUGCUGCUGCAGCAGAAUAAGAAAUUCCAGAACUUGAUCAAGAAAGUGGGCAGCUCACCCAUCGUGCGGCGGCUGGGUGUGCAAGAGUGCAUCUUGCUGGUGACACAGCGUCUCACCAAGUACCCGGUGCUGGUGGAGCGCAUCCUUCAGAACACGGAAGCCGGCACCGAGGACCACGAAGACUUGACCCAGGCCCUGAACAUCAUCAGAGACGUCAUCUCUCAAGUGGACGCCACCGUGAGCCAGCACGAGAAGGGCCAGCGGCUGCGCGAGAUCGCGGGCAGAAUGGAGCUCAAGUCCUCCGGCAAGUUCAAGAACGGGCUGGCCUUCCGCAAGGAGGACAUGUUGCAGCGACAGCUGCAGCUGGAGGGCAUGCUGUGCUGGAAGACGGCGUCUGGGCGGCUGAAAGACGUGCUCGCCGUUCUGCUGACUGACGUGUUGCUGUUGCUGCAAGAGAAGGACCAGAAGUACGUGUUCGCAUCAGUGGACUCCAAACCCCCGGUCAUCUCCUUACAAAAGCUCAUCGUGCGGGAAGUGGCCAACGAGGAAAAGGCCAUGUUUCUGAUCAGCGCCUCCCUGCAAGGGCCGGAAAUGUAUGAGAUUUACACCGGCUCCAAGGAAGACCGCAACGCCUGGAUGGCCCACAUCCGCCGGGCCGUGGAGAGCUGCCCCGAUGAGGAGGAGGGACCUUUCGGUGAGGCCGAGGAGGACAGGAAGGUGCUGGAGGCCCGUGCCAGCCGACUCCGGGACUUCCAAGUCCGGCUGAGCCAUCAGGACCAGCUGAUUGCCAGGAGCCUGGCCGAGAAGCAACACAUCUAUUUGGAGAUGGCCGAGAUGGCCGGCUUCGAAGACGCCACCCAUUUCGGGCUCCUGCUGCGUGGCGGGGACCCGUCCGAGACACUGCAGGGCGAACGGAUCCUGAGGUCGGCCAUGAGCGAGAUCGAGAUCCUCCAGAGCCUGGUCUGUGGACGCCUGGCCAGCACCAGCGGCCACCCGGACGAUGAAGGCGGCUCGGCUGGUCUGCCCUGGAGGACAGACAGCUCCGGGGGCCAGGAUAGCCCCAGUAGCCCCAGCAAGAAUGGCAGUUUCAAGAAGGGCAGCGACCCCCGGCCACAAGACUGGCAGGGCCCUGCCAACGUCCCCGACCCAAAGCCAGGCGACGGUGACGGCCUGGGCGGCUCCGAGGAUACCCCACAGGCGGUGGAAGCGCCGGACACAGAGUCUACUCCCAGACUGCCCAUGGUCCUGGAGUCAGAGCUCGUCCAGCGCAUCCAGACGCUGUCCCAGCUGCUGCUCAGCCUCCAGGCAGUCAUCGCCCAGCAGGACAGCUACGUGGAGGUGCAGCGGGCCUCGCUACAGGAGCGGGAGCAACAGAUGCGGAUACAGUCGACGCGCGGGAACCUGCUGCUGGAGCAGGAGCGGCAGCGUAACUUCGAGAAGCAGCGGGAGGAGCGGGCGGGCGUGGAGAAGCUGCAGCAGCAGCUGCGCCAGGAGCAGCAGCGCUGGGAACGGGAGCGGGAGCGUCAGCGGCAGGAGCUGGAGCACGCCGGCGCGCAGCUGCAGGAGCGGGAGCACCAGGCCCGCCAGCUGCGCGCACGCCUCGACCAGGAUCGCGCCGAGCUCGAGCGCCAGCGCCAGGCCUACCAGCACGACCUGGAGAGACUGCGCGAGGCCCAGCGCGCCGUGGAACGCGAGCGCGAGCGGGUGGAGCUGCAACGCCGCCUCAAGAAACAGAACACCAUGCCCGGGGCACUGUCGUCUCCGCCACCGCAGCCACCCGAAGCCGUGCUGGAGGGCCAGUCCCCCAUCCACAGCCCCAGCUUCAACGGAGAUGGGCUGGAGGCACCCACAGCGUUCCCCUCCAAAGCCCUGGCCCCCCGGGCGAGCCUGGUCAUGCUGGGCUCUGGGGCCGAAUAUACCACCGAGCGGCCCGAAGUGACACGCAGGGACAGCACCCCAGGCGAGGGCCGGCUAGCCAAAAACGACGUCCCCAUCCAGCUGCUGAGCGCCACCAAUCAGAUCCAGAGGCCCACGGCCGUGCAGCAGCAAAUUCCCACCAAGCUAGCGGCCUCCACCAAGGGCGCCAAGGACAAGGGCAAAGGCAAGGGCUCCCAGCGUUGGGAGAGCGCAGCCGCCUUCGACCUAAAGCAACAGCUACUGCUUAACAAGUUCACGGGCAAGGAGGAAAACGCCACGCGGAACCGCCGCUCGCUCAGUCCUGUCCUUCCCAGCAGCCUCGGCUCCGUGCCCCCCACAGACUCCAACUUCCCAGGCCCAAGCCCGACCCCGACUGAUGCACCCCCCGAGGGCUUCAUGCUGAAGGCCCCUGGCGCGCCCCCACCCCCCUCGCCACUGCUGCCCACCACGCCACUGCCCGCCACACCGCUCAGCGCCCACGAGGAAGCCAGCAAGGAAGAUGUCAUUUUCUUCUAGAAGGGCCACGGCACAAGGUGCGUGCCCCUCCCUGGCCUGCCCUCCCUCCGGGCUUCUGGGGACUUGCAAGAGGUGGGCGUGAGCCACCCAGCUGUCCCUCCCUCCUCUUCGUCCCGAGCACACCCCGGACAACCGACCACCCAGCCGGGUCAGCUGCCGGUGCUCGCGCUGGCGGCCUGGCCACUCUGUCUAGCUCGUG